UAGAAGAAGGUCACGGGCCAGUAGAGGAUCGCGGAAUUCUUCUAGCAGCAGCAGUUCGCGAUCCGAAGACGGAUCCUCAUAACCAUCAUUUGCUAGACGAUUCUCCACGCACCAGACUCAAAGUUCUUCUCCGCCACCACCGCUACCACAACGCCGGUCUCCUGCCGCCCCCGCACCACGACAACUCUUCUUCUUCGCUUAUUUCUCCGUCGUUGCUUGCCUUAUUUUCAACUACAUCGUUCAUCUUCUCCAUAUCAUCGAUGCGAUUGAAAUCGACUCGCGGUGCAUAUUUAGGCGUCGUCCUCAGUGACCGUGCCUCUGUUGGUUCUGUCUUCUGCGACGGAGCGUCAUCGGUGCUAGAUCAGCCGCCCUUGAUGGAUUUGGUGCGGUUGUAGUAUGAGUAGGGUUUUGGGCGAAAUGACCUCAAAGUGAGGCUGGGACAGGACAUGGGGCGGAGGUGGGGCUGGGAGAGCAGGUGUUAAGGCUAAGGGCAGCCGACCAGGUCAAGGGCAGUUGUGGAGUCGCCGGAUUUGUGGGGUGGUGAUGAGACAAGGGCGGUGUGGACGACUGUGAUGGGAUGGCGGAGUGGGGGGGUGCUUGGGUUACCGGUGGAGUCAAAUGACAGGGUGGCAGUUCUGGCCGACGAUGGUGCUCAGUGGCAUCAACCGCGGUGGUGGCUGACAGUGGGGGAGGUGGCUUGCGGUGAUAUAUUGUCGGAGUAACGUUAAAGGUGUCAUUGUGGAUGUGUAAUUGCGGAUAUGUCACUGUAUCCGGCGCGGUAGUCGACAGUGAUGGCCGGCGGUGGUGGUUGGUGGUCAUUGCAACGAUUGUCAUUGUGUUGGGUGUCAUUGUAUAGGAUGUCACUGUAACGAAUCUUGUAAGUUUGGUAACUAUAAGAAAAAAUCACUUCAAAUUAGGGUUAAAUUAGUAAGCUUAGGGCUUAUUGAUCACAUUUCUGUAAUUUUUUUAAAAAAUGUCAAUUUUUGUCAUUUAUCUAAUUUCUGGUAAUAUUGAGGUCAAAA